GGUGUAGCUGUAGUUGAUUGAUUGCCGAGCAACGAUGGACCAAUAAUUAAGAGAAAUGAAUCAAUGGUGGACUUUAGUCAUAAAUUUUAUAAAACAUCUUAAUUUUAGUGGCUUAAUUGUUCAUGUUCAUACCGUUCAUGAUUCGCCCAUAGUGUGAAAGAGACUGCAGUCCACGGUUGCAAAAGGCGUUUCGUGCUUUCCGAUAGAAUGUGCGUGCUCGUAGAAGCUGUUAUAUUUCGCCUGCUAUUUCAAUCAUUCUUAAAAACAGCUGAUCGGCGAAAAUCAUCAUGAUUUUUACUCGAACGAUACAUCACGAGCAUAGAACGCUCGUUUCACCAAUACUUUUACACAGCGAAUGACAGUCAAUCGAUAGAAAACGUAAUAUUUACGCUGAGUUUUCUUGCGGUCUCUAAACAAUCUCUCUUGUGUAUCUUUUAAUCGAACAAAUUGUUCAUUCAUCCGCUAGUUUAGAAUCCUGUUCGCUCAGAUGUUCAGUUCUAGUAUGUUUUGUUAGGAUCGCGCUCAAAAAAGUGAAGAUACACCGCACCGCAUCUUUUGUUCGGCUCACAUAAUUGAGUCGUGAAACGACUCGCCGCUUGACGUAAACAACAAAAUGUGGUCCCUCAAAAUACCGCACCAGCUCUACAGAGCGGAACCUAUUAAUCGGCUGAAAAAUGUUUGUUCGCCAAGAUUCCAGACCAACUCCAAACUCCAUCACCAAGUUGUAUCCUAUGGCCAGCCUGUAGUAGAAACACACCCACAUCUAAUGAAAGCAGGCGAAGUUAUGCCAGGUAUUCAGUUGGAAGAGGUGCAAAAUCGUCGUUCCGCACUGUUCGAGUUGAUGAAAGCAUUUUGUACUGGAAAUAUUGAUAAACAAAUCAACCAUCAAAUUGCAAUUAUACCAGCGGCUACUAAAAAGUACAUGAGCGAUAAAAUACCGUACGUAUUUCGUCAAAACACAGAUUUCCUUUACCUCAGCGGCUGCCAAGAACCGGACAGCUUGUUAUUGCUGGAAAUCGAUGCAAGCGACAGGCGCAAAGCAACCAUCUUUUUACGACCGAAGGACAAACAUGCAGAAAUGUGGGAUGGUCCAAGGACCGGUGUACAGCUCGCUCCACAAGUGUUCGGUCUUGAUGAGGCGGUAGAUAUUAAAGAACUAAAGAAUUACCUAGCAAAAUAUAGUGAGACACACCGGAACCCUGUCUUAUGGUAUGAUGGCAAUAAUCUGGAUAGUGUCUCGCAUAUCGUCAAAGGAGUGUUCAACACUGGGAUACUGUCACUGGCACCAUUGAUACAACAGUUGCGCGUCUGUAAAUCCCCUAGCGAGUGUGAGCUAAUGCGUAAGAGCUGUGGAAUAGCCUCUGCUGCCAUCAACCGAACGAUGGUGGAAAGCUUUCCUGGUAUAAGCGAACACCAAGUGUUCGCCAGCGUAGACUACUAUUCGCGACUCAAUGGAGCAAACUUUCUUGCCUAUCCACCCGUUGUUGCUGGCGGAUCUAACGCUACCACUAUCCAUUACAUCAAUAACAAUCAGAUUGUGAAUGCUGGAGAACUUAUACUUCUUGAUGCCGGCUGCGAAUAUCAUGGCUACACGAGCGACAUCACACGUACAUGGCCAGUGAAUGGUAGAUUCACCGAGCCACAACUCGUUCUUUAUGAGGUACUGCAGCAGGUACAAGCAGAACUGCUCGAUUGUCUGUUGCAUGUUGGAGGUGAUACGCUCGAUCGAUUGUUCGAAACCAUGUGCACCAAGAUAGGGAAAUAUUUGCAAGAAAUCAAACUCAUACCGGCGUCAGUGAGCGGUGUUGAACUUUCCAGAGCUGGCUAUAGAUUCUGCCCACACCAUGUGUCCCAUUAUCUAGGGAUGGAUGUGCAUGAUACCCCCCUUGUUUCCCGUAGCACACGAUUGUUACCCGGUAUGGUGUGCACCGUAGAACCAGGUAUAUACAUCGCGAAGGAACGAACGGAUGUUCCAAAUGAGUUUAGAGGAAUCGGGAUGCGGAUAGAAGACGAUGUUUUAAUCAAAUCUGAGAGUGAAAUAGAAAUACUCAGUCAUCAAUGUGUUAAAGACCGCAAUGAGCUAGAACAUAUGCUUGUCGUCGGGGAUGGCCAAUCGAAAAAAAGGUAAAAUUUAGAUGCAAAACGUUUUGUUACAUUCUAUUUCAAGAGAAGGCUUACGUAAUUAAAAUUGAUGCUUGAUACUUGAAGGCCUAUAGAGCUCACAUGUUAGGCCAAAAAGGCAUAACUGGCGUCUACAAAUUUGAAAGCGAUUCUCCCAAAAUCAACGUUCAAAGUCAAAGAUUAUUGUAGCAUAAUUGUAUUUUUUUGAAAACUUUAUCUGAGCAUUAUUUACGAAAUAGCUCGUCGCUUUUUUAAGUGUAUAUUUUUUCUUUUUUGCGUUUGUGCAUAGUUGGGUUUAAGUAAAAUAGCCGCAAUUUUAUCACGUCAAAAUUGAAAAUUAUGAAUUUAAAUUUUCCUAAAUUAAAUGAUUAAAUUAUGUUCUCAGUAAUUAAAAAUU